GGAAAAAUGGAAAAUCAAAUUGUCCAAGAAGAACAAAAUGAUCUAUCAAUUAAAGAGAGCACAACACAACCCAAUCCCCCAGUAGAAUUAGACAAAACUGACGAGAAAGAAAAUCCAAAUAAUACUGAAUUGCCUGAGAUGUCAAACCAAACUGCUGAUGCUAACGAACUUUUAUUUGUUGAUCCUGGUGAAAAAGAAGUUGAUGAUAACGAACGUUAUAAUCCCUCACGAUCAGUAACCCUUCGAAUUGAAACUGCAAUACAAAGAUUCAAAGAUACUCGUAAAUUUUCUUCAACUCGUAACCAAGUAUUUAGUUCUUAUCUUCGUUUUGGAGGAGUCAAGACAGGUCAAAAUUCAUUUUUAGGUCAACAGGAUAUCGAAGAUCCAGAAGCCACCAGUGAAGACAUUACUAUGAGAAAAUCAACAGACUUUAUUCAAGAUGACGGUGAUGAAGAUGAGGGUGAAAUAAUAGUAGAUUUUACAUACGUAGUUAAGGCUUAUUUAUCUAGUUAUUUUAUCGAUAAAUCAGGCUAUGUGCAAUUAGAACAAUUUCGUGAAGCACCUUUAGUUGUGUCAUCAUUUUUAAAUUAUUUAGUUAGACAUAAUGUGUGCCCAGAAUACUCUGACGAUAUAUCAAGGGCAAUGGAAUUUACUGAACGUGCUAAAAUAGAGUUGCCAAAUUGUAAAAGUUUAGCAUUGACUGCUUUUCACAAAUUUAAUAAGGCAUGUUCUAUAUUGUAUGGUGGUGAAUUAUAUGGUAUUUUCGAUGAUCCUUGGGAUUUAGAAAAUGUUAUAAAGUAUAUGAAAAUCUCUUUAAGUGAAGCCAAAGAAAUUAUUAAUAAAGUAUUUGGAGAAGAUGCUUUAAAAGAUGGAUGUCUUUACCGCGUUGAAUCAGCCACAAGAAAAGCACUUAAAGUGGAAAUAAUUGAUAUAGAAAAACUACCAGAAAAGAAAUCAAGUGAUCAAUCUUUAAAAGAUGAUAAAGAUUAUAAAAAAGUAGACGAAAAAGUCGAUAAGAAAGAUGAUGAUAUGAAAAAUGAUGAGAAGAAUGAUGAGAAGAAUGAUGAGAAGAAUGAUGAGAAGAAUGAUGAGAAAAAUGAUGAGAAAAAUGAAGAUAAAGUUGAUAAGAAUGUUGAAAAGACAGAUGAUGAUAUGAAAAUUGAAGAGAAUGAUGAAAAGAAAGUCGAUGAGAAAGUUGAAAAGAAAGUUGAUGAGAAAGUUGAUGAUGUGAAAAUCGAAGAGAAUGAUGAUAUGAAAGUUGAUGCGAAAAAUAAGAAGAAAAUUGAUGAGAAAGUUGAUAUGGAAGUUGAUGAGAAAGUUAAAAUGGAAGUUGAUGAGAAAGUCAACGAUGCGAAAGUUGAUGAAAAAAUCGAUGACGUGAAAAUUGAAGAGAAUGGUGAUAAGAAGGUUGAUAUGAAAGUUGAUAUGAAAAAUGAUAAUAAAGAUAAGAAAGAUGAUAAUGCAAUCAAUGAAGAUGACAAAGAUAAUAAAGGUGAUAAUCCAAUUAAUAAAAAUAAGAAAGACAACGAGAAAGAUCAUAAGAACGAUUCAUCAUCAUCUGCACCUAAUGAUGUCAACAAUACUAAAACAGCACCAAAAACCAAUGAUUCUUUAGAUGAUGAUAAAGAUAACAAAACCGAUGAUAGAAUAAGACUUUACAGAAUGACAGUCAGAACAUGCGAAGAACCAAUUGUAGAAACAUUUGAUGUUCAUAUUGAUUUUGAGACUUUGCAAUAUGCAAUGGUUGGAAUGAUUGUAAUAGCUGAUUUUCAUCAAUUGUCAAAUGGGUGGUGGUAUUAUGAUAAUAUGAAUGCUUUAGCAUUAAGUUUUAUUUAUGAAUUUUAUACAUGGAGUUUCGAAUCAACAUAUUCUUCUAAUCUUUAUAGAUAUCUAGACAAAAUAGAAAGUAAAAAAGAAAAUAUGGAAAAAUAUUAUGUAUUAUCAAAACAUUCUCAUACCUUAAGAGGAUUUGUUGGUUAUGGUGAUGUCGAUGGAGCAAUCUUAACAUUGUUAGCAAAAAGGUCAGCACCUGCUAAUAGAAGAAUUAAGUUAUUAAAAAAGAGACAAG